UCUUUCCUUUCAAAAUAGAAUCGGUCGAGCUCAAGUUGUCGUCAGACACAACUGCAUGGGAAUAUGAGUCAGCCACCAUUCUCACGAGGCACAAGGACUACAGAUAAAUUCGAAAUUGUCUUGUAUCUGUUACGCCGAGGAAUUAUCUUGGGGCGGCAAACACGAUAUUAUUAAGGAUGCUGGUCAAUAGCAGGGGCUUGCAGGGCUGCGGACUCUCAUAUUGGCUGGUAUGACCGGAAGGAAGAGAUCCCAGCAAAUGGACAAGAUCACGGACGAAUGCUAAAGACGAGUGUGGAGCCUCGCAAGUUUUAGGCCAGCAAUAUGAGAAGGAUGCCAUUCCCACCAACGGCUGGAGCCAACAGAUAAAAUUUGACAUGAAAACUAUGUUCACAACCUUAUUAUCGGACUCCAAAAAUCAGAGUUUGGUGGCUGUGGAGGAAUCAAGCACCCCUCCGGUUACGAAUCGAUCACUCCAUGUCGUCUGUCAACUCUGCCGCCGCAAGAAGUUGAAAUGCUCUGGCUAUAGCCCGGAUUCCUGUCUUCGAUGCAGAGAAUCAGGUGCGGAAUGUCUCCCAGUCGAACCAACGCGAAGGGAAAAUAUCACCGGUAGGCCAAAUGGUAAUAUUAGGAGAGGCAGAUCAAUGAGACCUCAACCAACCAAAGCCUCUACAAAGAUGAGUUCAUUACCCGACCGGUUCGCAACAUCUUUAGAAUGCAUCGACACUUCGGACAUCGACCUGCCCCCUAAUAUAAUUCUCACGGCGUCUGCAGACAUUCUAGCCGCAUCUUCACUGAGUACGCCAUUAGAGGAAUGCUCUUCAAGCUCUUCGGGCUCACACGAUGCGCUGUGUCUGAACCCGUACGAUCUGGGUACUUCGGAAAGCAGCGGCUAUCUAGGAAAUGGCGAAUUCUCCUUCCAUCCCGCGAUAAACAGAGAUAUUGUAUCAGAGGGUACCCAUUUCCUCAACCCCGAAACCUUCAAUUUCACACCAUCAUCGGGUGAAACCAGGCCAUCUUUAUGUGAGGCAGCUGGCCCUUCAUUGAAUUCUCUCUCGUGGCAAGAGACUUUUGAUAUGAUGAUACGGAAAUCAUGGACGGCAGAAGAAAGUUGCCAGUGUACCGAUAGAGCACUGGAGCUACUCGAUCAGGUUUUUAUGCAAGAUUGUGAUACAACCGACCAAGUACACAGCCCAAAUUCGAUUACUCCCAGCACCAUAGCCGCAAUUCAAAGCUUGUCGUCUUUACGCAAAGCAACACACGGCCUGGAGCACUUCGCAACGUGCGGCCGUUGCAGACAGGCACCGCGUUUAAUGACCUUACUUGUACUUCUCUCAGAGCGCCUAUCGACUAAACUCCAGAAAAUCCUCGAGAUUGCUGCUCCAGAUAUCUUUCACAUUAGAAAGGAUGUGCCAAGUGGUCCAGGACCGAUUUUAUCGAGCCAGAAUGCGCCAACGCUUGCAGAAGAUGAUACGGGGUUGAAGAGCCCAAAGGCAACCCCGCAACGCCAUACACGGCGUUAUACGGCUCCAGAACAACGUGAUGACAUUAAAAUGAACAUCACAUUGUUCUGUGAAGGGUUUACUCUGGACAUGACAAAGGAGAAAGAAGCACUGGUUCUGACUUGGUCUCUUCUCGCCAUCAAGCAACUGCGAAGAAUCGUUGCUAUACUAUGGGAUCGGGCGCAGAAACAGAGUAGACGCGACUUUUCGGAAAGUCUGGCACGUAUUGGACACAAAAUACAUGCCUUAGAUUGUGCAUUAAAGUCAACACUGACAGCCGACUCGGUACCUAGUCUAUAAGAGCCGUACAUCCCUGGAGCUUUUCAGUGUAUCUCGGGUCUGUAAACUGAAGGCCGUUUUCUUAAUUCGAAAUAACAGCGAGGAGAUACAGCCUUUUGCGAUCAAUGCGCCCGAACUCAGACUGCAAGAUAUAAUGAUACGCCGAACAUAUGUUUAGCAGUAAGAGAGUCAAUCGUUUCUAGCGCAGGGGAUAAACCUCACGGGUAAAUUCGGCUUCCACCACAUAACAUGCAGUUGGCUCGCUGAUUCCCACUCUU